AUGUGUCUUGUGGAUGCGUGGAUGCGACAACACAUCUGGGCUGGACUAAUUAACAAGUUCACCAUUGCAUCUAGGCAGCUCUUCCAUCUGGCAUUGGCUCAGUUGUGUGUGGGUUUCAAGCACAGCGGCAAUGCAAACCCCAGCUUGUUUGCUGACAGUGUGUGUCUUUGUAUGUAUGUUCUUAGCUCGUUCGAUUCGAUCCUGCGCUGGGGCUACGGCGGACUGCGAUCGAGUCCAGACUGGCACAUACGAGCCCAGUUGCCACCACCUCUUUACUGUAGUCCUUCCUCCUCCCCUCCCGAACCGCAUCAGGCAAUCAACUUGAUCAAAGCUUUCUGCAUUGAACUCAGGCGCCUUCUCCAUACAAAAGCUGCAAGAAAUCCGGUUCCUGGGCGCCUAAUGAGUUGUUGCCGUCUUUAA